CGAACGUACUCUAAAUGUCACGUCAGUAUGUGCGUCAAUAGCAAUCAACAUACUCCGCAAAAUAAUUUGCGAAAUUAAAUAUAAGGCAAAACGUAACUAGAAAACCAAAGAAAAUGCCGCUUAUACGUUCGGCGAGUUUAAAUUUAUUAGUUGAAAUCAGUGUCCGUAUCGCUUUACUUUCAGCUUUUUGUUACAUGGAAACCAUGUCACCCUACGUCCGCGUCAUCCAGCCAGCAGACCUGGAGUCCUCACUAAAGUACCCGCGACACGAGUCCUUCGUCCCAGGACAUAUGCUGUGGUCUAUAGUGUUGGCGGUGCCUUGUGUGCUGUCCAUUAUAGCGUGGGCUGUGUGCAAUGAUUGCAAUGAUGCCUUAGAGUUCCUUCUGGCCUGGUCUCUUGCUCUGGGCAUGAAUGGGGUCACCACGAACAUGGUUAAACUAAUAGCAGGCCGACCGCGUCCGGACUUUUUCUACCGCUGCUUUCCGGACGGUAUCGAGACCAUGGACUUGCAGUGUACCGGCGACCCGGACGAGAUCAUGGAAGGACGGAAAUCUUUCCCAAGCGGACAUAGUAGCUUAUCAUUCUGCUCACUUGGCGCGGGCAGCCUGUGGCUAUGCGGGCGCGUGCGCGCGCUGUCCUGGCGGCGCGGCGGGGGCGGGGGCGGGGGCGGGGUCGGCGGCGGGGGCGCGGGCGGCGGGGGCGCGCGGCUGGUGCUGUGCGCGGCGCCGCUCGCGCUGGCCGCCUGCGUGGCGCUCAGUCGCAGCUGCGAUUAUCAUCAUCACUGGGAAGAUAUCCUAGUCGGCUCAGUUCUCGGCUACACAACAGCACUCAUCUGCUACCGUCAGUACUACAACCCGCUGUCAUCAGACCUCGCAGGAGUCCCAUACAUAGCGUCCAACACCGAACUAGCGCAAUACGUGAACGGGACAGACAGCCCCAGUAAAGAGCGAGACGAAAACACACCGCUGCUGAAAAAGGUAGACAAAUGGAUAUAGUUUAUGUUUUGACUUUGCCCGGAAUUCGUUUUCUAGGUUUUCGGGGGUUUCACAUUCCGAAUUUGCCCUAUAUAUGUUCCUUAUUCGAAAAUAAAGAAUUUGCCUUUUUAAAAUUAGACAGCUAAGUGUGACAUAUCGUAAUCGGGACAGACAGCCCCAGUAAAGAGCGAGACGAAAUCACACCGCUGCUGAAAAAGGUAGACAAAUGGAUAUAGUUUAUGUUUUGACUUUGCCCGGGAUUCGUUUUCUAGGUUUUCGGGGGUUUCACAUUCCGAAUUUGCCCUAUAUAUGUUCCUUAUUCGAAAAUAAAGAAUUUGCCUUUUUAAAAUUAGACAGCUAAGUGUGACAUAUCGUAAUCGGGACAGACAGCCCCAGUAAAGAGCGAGACGAAAACACACCGCUGCUGAAAAAGGUAGACAAAUGGAUAUAGUUUAUGUUUUGACUUUGCCCGGGAGUCGUUUUCUAGGUUUUCGGGGGUUUGACAUUCCGAAUUUGCCCUAUA